AUGAAUGGGAAAAAGAAAGUUCGUUCGAUUUUCGACAACUGCCGUGAAACUGCGUCUCAGGAGAGUUUUCUACGGAGAUGCGGCUUUGCUCAACGAGGCGUUCCUCCAGAUUCCGAUCCUUCGUUAAACGACGGAAUUGCAUCUCACCGUGCGGCGUCUGAGACCGAGAGUUUAAACGACUCGGGGUACGACGAGGAUUUGGUGGAGAGUCAUGCGAUUCGAUUCGUCUCUCCCCCGGAAAGCGCGGAUACCGUUGAUUUAGAGGAGGAUGCGACAGAUCGGACGGUUCCUGUUGAAUCGGAGGUUGGUGAUUCAAUUGCUUUGGAGAAAUCUGGUGAUCCGUCAUCUUCAGGGCGUCGUAGGUUGGAAUCUUUAUCGAAAGAAGAUGGAGGAAAGAAGAAGAAACUUAAAGUUCCUUUGAGGGAUGUUGUGAAAGCCAUAGUUAUGAAUUCGAGGAACCCAGAGGACGAAGACAAAGAGAUUGAGAAGAUGAGCUGCGUGCAGAUUCUCAUGAAGAAAGGAUUCAAAUUUCCUGGAGUGGUACAAAACCCAUCAAAAUUUUAA